UGCAGACACCCGGUAGCCAGACAUUCAGCCAAAGAAGCAAGAAGGAAGAAGAGGCCCUCCAGGGAAGUUGUUCGGGAAAAUCAAGGCCUCAGGAUUGUUGGGUUAUUACCCCAGUGCCUUCAAGAUACUGGGAAGUAGAGUCAGAGACGACGUGAGACGGAGCUGGAGCGGAUUUGCUGGGAGACCAGAGGACAAUGGAGACAAGAGAGGGAAAGCAGCGCGUUCUGAAACCAAGGCAAGUCCUGCUAUUCUUUGUUUGGCUAGGACUAGUGCAGGCUGCUUCCAAGCCCAGGCGCUACUCAGUGGCCGAGGAAACGGAAAGUGGCUUUGUUGUGGCUAACUUGUUAAAAGACCUGGGGAUGGAGGUAAAAGAAUUAGCUUUGCGGGGUCCCCGGGUCGUUUCCAAAGGGAAAAAAUUGAAUUUACAGCUCGAUAGGCAGACGGGGGAUUUAUUGUUGAAUGAGAAACUGGACCGGGAGGAACUGUGCGGCCCCACCGAACCUUGUGUAGUACCUUUUCAGGUGUUGUUAGAAAAUCCCUUGCAGUUUUUCCAGGCUGAGCUACAGAUUAGGGACAUAAAUGAUCAUUCUCCAGUUUUCCUAGACAAAAACAUAAAUUUGAAAAUUUCAGAAAGCAUUGUUCCAGGGACCACUUUUCUAAUAGAAUGUGCCCAAGACUUAGACGUAGGAAGUAACAGUCUCCAGAGUUAUACAAUCAGUCCCAAUUUCUACUUUCACCUCAAGUUACAAGACAGUCCCCAGGGCAGACUAUUACCACAGCUGAUUCUAGACAAGGCGCUGGAUCGGGAGGAGGAAUCGGAAAUCAGGUUAACACUCACAGCUUUGGAUGGCGGGAGUCCACCCACUUCUGGCACCGCUCUGGUCCUUAUUGAGGUCUUGGACAUCAACGACAACUCCCCUGAGUUCUCAGAGCUUCGCUAUGAGGUGCAGGUCCCAGAAAACAGUCCGGUUGGAUCCCAUGUUGCUACUGUCUCCGCGAAGGAUUUAGACAUUGGAGCCUAUGGACAAAUAUCUUACGUGUUUUCCCAAGCCUCUGAAGACAUUCGAAAAACAUUUCGAAUAAAUGCGAAAUCAGGAGAAAUCCUAUUAACACAGAAACUGGAUUUUGAAUCCAUUCAGGAUUACACAAUAAAUAUUCAGGCUAUAGAUGGUGGAGGCCUUUCAGGAAGUUGUGUGGUGUAUGUUCAAGUGAUGGAUUUGAAUGACAAUGCUCCGGAAAUUACCAUCUCCACACUUACCUCUGAGAUCCCAGAAAACUUGCAGGAAACCAUAAUUGCUGUAUUUAGUGUUUCAGAUCUUGACUCAGGAGACAAUGGCAGGAUGGUUUGCUCCAUCCAAGAUGACCUUCCUUUUUUCCUGAACCCCUCGGUGGAGAACUUUUACACUCUUUUGACAAAUACGGCUCUUGACCGGGAGACCAGAUCUGGAUACAACAUCACCAUCACCGUCUCAGACAUGGGCACACCCAGGCUGAAAACGGAGCACAACAUAACAGUGCAGGUGUCCGACGUGAACGACAACGCCCCAGCCUUCAGCCAAACCUCCUACACCCUGUUGGUCCCAGAGAACAACAGCCCCGGCCUGCACAUAGGCACAGUGAGCGCCACAGACACAGACUCAGGCACCAAUGCCCAGAUCACCUACUCGCUGCUGCCGCCCCAGGAAGGCGACCAAGACCCGCAGCUGGCCCUCGCCUCGCUGCUGUCCAUCCACGCGGACAGCGGGCAGCUGUUCGCCCUGCGCGCGCUGGACUACGAGGCGCUGCGGGCCUUCGAGUUCCGCGUGGGCGCCGCCGACCGUGGCUCGCCCGCGCUCAGCAGCCAGGCGCUGGUGCGCGUGCUGGUGCUGGACGCCAACGACCACGCGCCCUUCGUGCUCUACCCGCCGCACAACGCGUCGACGCCCUGCACCGAGCUGCUGCCCAGGGCGGCCGAGCCCGGCUACCUGCUCACCAAGGUGGUGGCGGUGGACGGCGACUCGGGCCGCAACGCCUGGCUGUCCUUCCAGCUGCUGCAGGCCAGCGAGCCCGGGCUGUUCAGCGUGUGGGCGCACAAUGGCGAGGUGCGCACCGCCAGGCUGCUGAGCGAGCGCGACGCGCCCAGGCACAGGCUGCUCGUGCUGGUCCAGGACAAUGGCGAGCCGCCGCUGUCGGCCAGCGUCACGCUGCACGUGCUGCUGGUGGACGGCUUCUCGCAGCCCUACCUGCCCGUGGCCGAGGGCGCGCGCGACCCGGCGCCGCCCGACGCGCUCACUGUCUACCUGGUCAUCGCCCUGGCGUCCGUGUCUUCGCUCUUCCUCUUCUCUGUGCUCGUGUUGGUGGCGGUCAGGCUGUGCAGGAGGAGCGGGGCGUCCUCGCUGGCUGGCUGCUCUGUGUCCGAGGGCCACUUUCCUGGACACCUGGUGGACGUCAGCGGGGCGGGGACGCUGUCCCACAGCUACCAGUAUGAGGUGUGUCUGACUGGAGGCUCAGAAACCAGUGAGUUCAAGUUCUUGAAGCCCAUUAUGUCCAACUUUCUUGUUAAGAGUUCAGAGAGGGCGAAUGAUGCAAGCCCCAGUUUCAGGAAUAUAGAAUUCAGCUAAAUAUUGACAAUGAACUACUGAAUCUUUUCUUAAUUUGUGGGAGGCUAUUUUUUUUUCUUCUUGCUCAAUGAGGAUGUCUUUUCUCAUUUGGAUGUACUUCUUUGCAUGCUAUUAGUAUUUCUAAAUACAUAGGAUUUGUCAUGUAAUGAAUCUAAAUGUUUUGUAGCUGAUUUUGAUUAGUCAUAUAACUUUAUUUGAUUUAUGGUUUGGAAGUAAAUUUUGUGUUUUCUGAAGACCUUGAUUUUUAAGUCAGGGCAUACAAAUAGGGUUGAAGUACUACAUUUAAACAUAUUUGCUAUUCUCUUAGACUUCCUUAACUUUUAUUUUGUGAACUCAUAUUAGUCAAACUCUUAACAUAGCGAUGUAUAACUUAGCAUCCUCCGUAGGUUUAUCUACUUAUGUACUUUAAGAAAUCCCAAUUAUUGUACUCCCCCCCCAAACGUUCAAAUUAUACAUGUUCAAUAAAUUUCUGCCAAAAUUACUUGCUAGUCUAAACUGGAGCUAAAUAGUAUAUAUCUUAGCAAUUUUAAGAGCAUGUCCUAAUUUGUCAUGUUUUCUACUUCAAAUAGUCUUUCAAAAAUUCUCUGUUUAGCUGGGCAUGGUGGCACCUGCCUUUAAUCCUAGCACUCGUGAGGCAGAUGUAGGAGGAUCACCCUGAGUU